AUGCAAUCUUCCUUUCUUGGUUCUCGUGUGACCACGAGACAAGGUGACCUUGCAUUGCUUCAUCUUAGCCGUGAUCAACAGUUACCUGUCCAGCUCUCAACCAUUGUAUCAAAGGCUGAAGACAAAGGCUAUGCUGAAGGAGUAGUCACUAAUACGAGAUUUGGUUCUUUUCCCCAUUCGACGCUUAUUGGCAUACCUUGGGGUUCGCAGGUUCUGGCCAGUAAAGUUGAUACAGGUUCCCGAGGGCGUGGUGACCGCAAUCAACACCGGAAACGCAAAGCCGAUGCAAUCAGCACUGACUCACCACCAGACGAAGCUGAGACUUCGGGAUUGAAACAAGCUACUGCCGCAACGUCAGGCUUCAUACAUGUCUUGAAACCAACGCCAGAAUCGUGGACGACAAGCUUGCCCCACCGGACUCAAGUCGUCUACACACCUGACUAUAGCUAUAUCUUGCACAGGAUACGUGCUCGUCCUGGCUCAACUCUAAUUGAAGCUGGUAGUGGAAGUGGAAGCUUUACUCAUGCAGCAGCUCGAGCUGUUUUUGCAGGGGUUGUAGAACAGAAUGCGUCUGCAGACGUCGGGAAAGAGAUUCCAACCAAGGGCAAGGUUUUCACGUUCGAGUUUCAUGCCGAUAGACAUCAAAAAGUGAAAAAGGAAAUGGUCGAGCACCAGCUAGACGCAGUCGUGACUGCAACACAUCGUGAUGUCUACAAGGACGGUUUCUGGCUAAGCACAGAUAGUGGACAAUACUUGUCGCCAAAAGCUAAUGCUGUUUUCCUCGAUCUACCUGCUCCUUGGGAGGCACUGCAGCACCUCACGAGAGAGGAAGAUGCUGAUAAGCCUUCGGCUCUUGACGCGACCAGCCCGGUACACAUAUGUACCUUCAGCCCUUGUAUUGAACAAGUACAAAAAACUAUAUCAGAGAUGAGGAGGCAAGGUUGGGUAGAGAUUGAUAUGGUUGAAAUCCAGCAUAGACGGAUUGAGGUGAAACGCGAGUACAUCGGGUACAGAUAUGAGGGCAUGAGAGGUGCAGACCCAGUGGCAGGAAAUGUGGAUGAGGCUUUGGCAAGAUUGCAUCAGGUGGAGGAAAGAGCCCGAGAACAGCAAACACAGGGCAGUCAGCCAGCGAAGGCUAAGAAGGAUACACAGGGUAGCACACAAUAUAGUGCUGCGCAGGUAUACUGGGAUGAAGGACGCCUCAUCCACCACAGCGAAUCUGACCUGAAAACACAUACCUCGUAUCUUCUUUUCGCUGUCCUGCCACUGGAAUGGAGCGAGGAAGACGAUGCGCAGGUGCGCGCGGCUAUGCCUCAGCUUACUGGCUCCUCCACUCGGCAUCAAAAGUCGCAGGAACAGAAUCGAGAUGGAAAGCAUAAGAAGCUGUCUAAUGGACAUAGCGAUGCAAUAGCACCACUGCCUCAUAAUGAUGACUGUUGA